AACAACAAAGAGCACAAGCCCUGCAUGCUUCCUUGGAAUUGAUAACAUGCAAACAAGUCACUGGGAAACCAAAGGUCACUCUCACUGCUCUUUCUUCCUAAGCCAGCUCAUCGCCUUUGGUUUGUAACAGCAUUAACAGGGCCGCACUAUGGGCAGGUCCUUCCCAGGCGUGUGGAGAGAGUCCCCUCCUCAGAGAGCCCUUUCCCUGUGUGUGAGCAAAGCUGGUGGGGUUGAGGCUGAGCCCACACCGUGCUGCAUGGGGGAUCAUGGCGUACGGAGAUGAGAGUGCAAAGGAACUCAGGGGAGAGCUGGGGGCUGGGCUUGUGCACCUCCAACCCAUUUCCAGGGUAAAUAACACUGCUUGAGGUCUGGGGAAAGAAGGGAAAUGAAGAGCAGGAUGUCAGCUGCAGUGCUGUCGCAUGUUUCUAUCUCUUCUGGUGUCAGAAAAACUUCAGGAUCAGCCCUGAAGGCUCAAUAAAAUGAAUGCUCUGUUUGCAAUGUUUAGUAGUCUCUAUUUAGCAACGCCUGUGAUAGGGGAGGCAGCAAUCAGCAGUUAGGCCGGGUUAAUAAAGGGAUGUUUCUAAGCCACAAAUGUGUUUUCCCAGCUUGUUAAUGACCCUCGGUGCAAAGGACAGGAGCAUUCCCCUCCUGCACCUGGCACUCUGUGGAGGCUCCCCAGGACCCCAGCGCUGGGAUAGGGCGUGGGGGUGGGAAGGGAUCCCUAGGGGAGCCCGCACCCCCCGCACUGUGGGACAGCGCUGCUGAGGGGGAGCUCUCAGGGCUGAGAUUUCAGCUCUCUGCUCGGCCGCAUUCCCCAAAGGCCACAGCAGGGAUUUGCCGAUGAGGGCGUCGGUUCUUCCUCCUGCACCCGUACCAUCGCUGUCCGUGUGUCUCGGCUCUCUUCCAAGCCCCAGAGGAACAGCCAGGUUCAAGUCACCUUGCCCCAAGAUUCCCCUUAAUCCUUCUCUCCGGGGCGGAAGUAAGAGACACCUCCUCCACACCCCUCCUCCCCUUCUCGGAGUCGGAUUUGAAUACUCAGGUGUGAGCAUCAGCCACCCUCGUUAAUGAGUUUGAUAAUUUACCCAGCUCAUUCCUGCUGGAGGGCUCUGAACGCAGCGCGGCUCUUCCCGGGCCCGCACCGCCACCCACAGCCCUACCACCCCACACCAUGCCGACCCUACGGAUCCUCGCCCUUGGGCUCCUCUUGGUUCUGGAGCCCGCGAGCUGCCAGCAAGCCAGGGGCAGCCUCCAGCCGUGGUCGCAAGGUGUCAUCGCCGUGGUGGUGUUUCUGGCGCUGGUAGCAAUCUGCUUCGUGGUCAACAGGUUCUGGUGCAAGAAGAAGCAGGAUAACGCUGAGACAGUGGUGAGCAUCGGGGCCAAGGAGGAGGCUGUUGUAUCCAAUGGACGUGAAGGGACAUACGUGACAUCUGCAGUGGACUUCAGGUCCAAGGAGAACAAGCAUGCCUAUGAGAACACGCUGGAUCUGGAGGAGAAGGUGAUCACCACUGCCAUGUAGCAACAGCUGGUGGUGGGACCCUCUGCACUGAUGUCCCCAUGCUCAGCAACUCCUCUGUCCCAGACCUUCAGACCUCUCUCCCUUUGUUAGACCCCAGGAGAGGUCUGGGGCUGUCACCUCCCUAUCCCUGUGGCCACCCCACCUGCUCAGCCUGGCCAGUGUUUCCCAUUCCCUGGGCCAGGGGACAUCAACCCGCUCCAGAUGCUGCUGCAUGCAUGGGACCCCAUGUUCCCUCCCCUAAUCCCUUCCCCUCUGGGAAACUGUCAGUGGAAAACCCACUCUCAUGCCAAUAUCUCAUCCUCCUUUUUAUGAACAAAGGCUCCACGCCAUGCAUUUCAAAUUCCGAACAAAUCUCCUCCUCUGUACAUAUCCUCCCUGCCAGCAAUAAAGGGAAUUGCUGUCCAUCCA